UGGAAGACGUCAUCAUUACGCGACAACAGGGUCAAGACGGGUUUCAGUUGUGGGCAAAUUACACAGAGGAGCUGAGGAUUUUCAAAGUCAGGCUCUUUAAACUAAGAAAACGAUGUCAACCGCUAUGAACUUCGGGUCGAAGAGUUUCCAGCCUCGACCUCCUGACAAAGGCGCGUUUCCUCUGGAUCAUUUCGGAGAGUGUAAAGCCAUCAAGGAGAUUUUUAUGAAGUGCCUGAGAGACAACAGCUUUGACAACUCCAAGUGUAGACUGCAGUCCAAAGACUACCUGGAAUGCCGCAUGGACCAUCAGCUGAUGACCAAGGAGCCUCUGGAGAAACUGGGAUUUAAGGACCUGAUGGAUACUCCUCCCAGACAAGCAGACGGAGAUGCUAAACCAUGAGUUGCAACGCCAAAGCAGCCGCUGUUGAAAACUAAGAAUGGUGGUGGUGGUGUUGCUGUGAACUUAAUGUGUCAGUUGUUUGUUAAUGAGCUGACAACACAAGAUCUACAAAGGCAUAUUAAAGGCUUUAAGCUGAGAAUAAUGGCUUCAAAGACUCUGAAAAUGUGGACCUGCAACAGGACAUUGUGGUGUGCAUUAUGGCCAUAUUUUGAGGUGACACAGCACUAACCAAAUGUAUCAAUUCUUUGUGUACAUAAGAUAAAAUGUAUAUGGAUAUGCUGUGUUGGCAUGUCAGUAAAUAUUUUGUAUUUAAACAAA